AUGACGAGCACUUGGCCAGAUAUAGCUUACGCUGCAGGAAGGUUGAGUAUAUACACUAGUACUCAACAUUGGCAAGCCUUAAAAAGGGUGCUCAAGUACUUGAAAGGAACCAUUAAUUAUGGUUUGUCAUAUGUCGGAUUUUCUUCGGUGCUAGAAGGAUAUUCAGAUGCAAGUUGGAUUACCAACAUACAAGAUCAUUAUUCUACAAGUGGUUGGGUAUUUUUGCUUGGGGGAGGUGCCAUUUCAUGGGCUUCUAAGAAGCAAACUUGCAUAACAAGUUCGACUAUGGAGUCGGAAUUCGUAGCAUUAGCAGCUACUGGUAAAGAAGCAGAGUGGCUAAGAAACUUAGUAUACGAGAUUCCAUUAUGGCGGAAACCAGCAUCACCAAUUUCUAUCCAUUGUGAUAGUCAAGCUACCUUGGCUAAGGCCUAUAGCCAAGACACCUCGUACACCUGGGCGUUAUACAUAGCCCAGUACGUGAGCUGA